UCUUUUUUCUGUAACUAUUAUUUUUUUUACUUUUUUAUUUUAAAAACAUAAUAUAAUUUGAGAAUAUUUUGUUUCCUUUUUUAAAAGAUAUCGAAUUUAAAAUUAUGAAAUCCUAUUGGUUGGUGAACCUAGAGAUUCACCCUAGGGAGUGAACCCAAGAAUGACUCUUUCAAGAUUAUUUACCAUCUACAGACGUAAAAUUAGACAAAUUAAUGAUCUAUUAGCUAAGAUUGCACAUGUUUAUUUAUAGAGAUUUAUGUUUUGUUGGUUUUUACAUUAUGGUGUAGAUUCUCAUACAACCUUUUGUUUGAGAAACAAAAUAGUUUUUCGAAGUAAAAAAAGAUAUAUAUAUAUAUAUAUAUAUAUAUAUAUAUAUAUAUAUAUAUGUGUGUGUGUGUGUGUGUGUGUGUGUGUGUGUCGUUAAGUUUUUUCUAGUUAAGAUUUACUGGCUUUGGCUACUAGCUAGUCUACAAGCAUCACAGAUUGGAAAAACUAGUAUAUACGCAUCGUUAUAUCAUCAUAUGCAUAAAAUUAUUCUUUUUUUUUUCUUCUUAAAUUAGUAAUGUUUAGUUGAGAAUCCGUACGUGGAUUGUGUGUAGGUCUCGCUUGAAGUUUUUUUUUGUUUUUAAAUUUUGUCUCGCUUGGAGUUGGAGUCACUAUUUUGUCUCAUCAUAUUACAAUAUUUGUAGGGUUAUCUAUAAGACUAUACCAAAAUUUAUUCUUCGAUCAUUGUCAUUUUUGUUACACAAUACAUUUACCAAUAUGACUAUAUAUUAUUGAGUAUAUGUGUAACAUAUAAAUAUUUUAUUUUGGAAACGAUUUCAUUUUAUAUACAUGUGACAUUGACCCUUAGAAGGUUUCAAAGGAUACAACACAUAUCACUACAAGAAAACACGCCGAAUACCGACAGAGCUUCCGACGGAAUCCAAUGUCGUCGGAAGUUUUUGACGGAUUUCCGACCGAUUUCCGACGAAAACAAAAAAAUUGAAGUCGUCGGAAUUCCGUCGGCCAAUUCCGACGAAUUUCCCAAAAAACAUGGCUCGUCGGAAUUUUCCGACUUCCGACAACUUUUCGACGACAUUCCGAUAAAAAUAUAUAACCGUUGUAGUCGUCGGAAAUUCGUCGGAAUAUACCGACGAAAUUCCGACGACAUUCCGAUUAACAGAUAUAACCGUUAUGGUCGUCGGUAUUCCGUCGGUAUUUUCCGAUAAAUUUUCGACGAACCAAGUGACCGUUGCCGACAAAUAUAUAUGACCGUUUUAUAGCCGUUUGAAAUUGAUACCGACGAAAUUCGUCAGAAAUUCGUCGAAAUAGGCCUAUUCCGACGAAUUUCUGACGAUUUCGGCCAUCAAAAUCCCCCUGUUUUUUUGUAGUGUAUAAAUUAAAAGAUAAAAGUGUACAUAUAGUAAACUAAUAUCACCACUAAGAUAUACAGUAUAUAUUAUAUCACCAGUAAGAUAAACACGGGUAUAAUACAUAUACAUUAAUUAUUUUAUUUUAUUUUUUAAUUAUACAUGGAUAUCCUAGCCCUAUAAAAAUGGUACAGACUAGUCAUGUGUUGUCACAUGUUGGUCUAUGUCCCUGAUAAUGUCGAAAUGUUAAUUUUUCAGUGACCGGAAUUUGGAUCCUGGUAGCUUUACCGUAUUGAACUCUUUUCACUCAAGUUAAUCACCACCAGACUACAAAGCCUGAUUUAAAUUAAUUAUUAUAGUGUUUGGACCGCCUUGUAUGUCAUCGUUGUUACAGUGUCAGACAUUUGAUAGUAUAUUUAUUUUAACCGAGCCCACAUCAACUAAACUCUAAAAGCAUCAUUAUCAUCAUCUAGAUAUAAAUAUCCAAAUCUUUCAAGCUAAUAUAUUCACAUACUACCAAGAUAAACCUCAACCAGUUAUUUUAACAUAAAUUGAUGCUAGUUAAUUUAGAAAAUUAAAAAAAAAAUUGAUGAGGGAAUCGUUGUUAGGAUUUUGCCAUGUUGUUCUGGAAAUCACUUUUUUGUCAAAUAAUUCAUUUCAUUGAAAUGAAAAGCCCAAUGGGCGUCAUACAAGGAAGUUCAGCUUCCCAUUCUGUACAAAAAUAGACAUAAAAUCCAAGUCGAAGCCCAAAACAUUGCCACAUAAUCCUAAAAGAUAGUGCAUGAUAGUCACGUUUUGUGCUAGCACUAGCAGGCUAUCGAAAAUUAUGGAAAUGGCGAGAGAAACCGAUGUCGUCUCUCGCGACAUGACGGACAGAUCAGCACCGGCUUCGUCGUCCAAUAAGCUUGAACCGCUUGCUUGCUUCUUCGUCUCUUAAUCGCUGUCAAUUCAUCGAAACUCUGCCUUCAAAACUCCGACUAUUCUAAAUCCGCGCUAACUCAUCAUCGCUUCAGCAAUCGUCUAUGUCCUCCAUCUUUAAGGAUACUUCACUUGUCAAAGGAGCGAAGGUUGAUUCCUAUCUCAAUGAAGAAGUGGAGCUUGUCUACCAAAUUCAAACAGAAUUUCUAAGAUUGAAACGGAUUCAAUCGUCUCCAUCACCACCGUAAACGGUUGCAACUUGUAAGAGACCUAGAGAGAAGGAAGAGAAAUUAAGAGAGAUUCUGACGAUUUGUUUCUCGAAUUCACUAACAUUGGAUCAGUGAGUAUCAUCAAUAAACACAAGAUUAUACAAAUUGUUAUUAUUUUGCAUAUGUGUAAAUUAAUGAUUCAACUUUUGCAGUGAAUUUACAAAUCACUUACUCGUCUGAAAGAUAGUUAAUUUUACCAAGUAGUUAUUGUUGGAUAUGAAUUGGAUGAUCAUGGUAAAUCACACUGGAUCGUCCAUAACUCUCAUGUUGGAAAUAUGGAGAUUUGGUGGUUUCGGACAGAUGUAUCACCAAAUCAAAAGAAAUAGUGGUUCAGGGCUUAACCAAUAAAAAUAUAGAAUAUGCAUUGAUAUGGAGUGAAACUUGUUUUUCCUUUUCAUUUUCUUCUAAACAAUCCGUUGGAUUUUUCCUUUUUUUUUUUUUACAAAGGGCUUCACUGGAGGGAUCUUCAUAAAAAGAUUCAAGUUUUCUCUUGGUUUUCGGAAUUGUUGUAUUCUUCUUGCAUGCUCUCCCAUUUGAUGAACUCUUAUCCUUAUCUUGUUUUUUAACUUUUCUUUCUCCUGCAAAAUGGAAUUUGCCUUAAACCCAAUUUUCACCGUAAUUUGUGGCAUUUUGCAUCGAUUUUAGUUAUUCCUUCUGUUUCACUUUAUUUGUCGUUUUACGUUUAUGCAUACAAAUUAAAAAAAUAUUUAAUUUUGCAUAUUUUCAAAAUAAAAAUAUCAUUACCUAUACACCUAACUAUAUUAUAAUCAAGAGAAAAAUAAUAUAAUACACCUAAUAUUGUAUUAAGUUUUACAUUGAAAACAUAAAACAACACUCAAAAUAAAACAAAAUUUUAACUCUAAAACCAUAAAUAAUUUAAAACGAAGGGAGUAGUUCUUUUACAUAUUUUUAUUUGUUUUUUUAUUUACUAUGUGCUUCCACAUUCGUUUUAAUUGAUCAACAAUUGUAGUUUACAACCAAAGCUCCACAUAGUUGUUAGCAUUAAAAUGAGAACGAAGAAACGUUGUUUACUCAUAUCUGGUUUACAACCAAAACAAGUCAGAAACUAUCGUUGCUCCCAGACUCAACCAAGUUUGGGACAAUUUACUAAGUUGCUAUGGACAUCUCUUGCUGAAAACCCGAACAGUUUCAGACUUCUUUUGCACUAAAACAGAGAAAACCCUGUUUUUCUUUUAAAUAUUAUUAGAACUACAAACUAAAUCAUCAGCAGCAUAAAAAAACCCUAAGAAUGGCCGUAAACAUGAGUUUCUAGAGAGUAACAGAGGUAGCCUAACUUCCAUACAUCGGUGUCGGAAUCCGACGGAUAAACUCGCGAUCACCACAUGAGAGCCGACGACCCUGCACCCAAAGCUUCUCCAUCCAAGCAGACAUGACCAAGAGCUGACCCAAAGAAUCACCAGAUCCUCACUCUGAACCAGAUCCGGAGCCAUUCUAUCAAAAACGUCGUGCUUUCUCGAUUAACACCUUAGAUACCAAAAGAAAGAUGAGAUGGGGACGUUUUUGGGCGGCAGUGAGUAACGCCGACGGCCGGAGUAGCAUAAAAAGUGGCCGCUGCUACUUUGUCGCUAGGGUUGCAGAGGACACUUUUUAGUUUUCUAUAUUGAUGAAUAGGGGUGAGUAUUCGGAUAUUCGUUCGGGUUCGGGCAGUAUAUUUUGAGUUUUUGGGUAUUUCGGUAUAGAGUUAUGUAAUAUGUUUGGCUAUUUUUACAUUUUGGGUCGGUUUUUUUUGUAGUUCGAGUAGUUCGGUUCGGUUAUUUAAAGUUACAUGUUAAAAAAAAACAAGGUAGUUUGGGAUGAAAUAACUCAUGAAUCAAGAUAAAAAAAAUCUGAAUCUAAUAGCAAUGUGUACGUUGUAUGAUAAAAAACAAUAUAAUAUUAAGCAAACAACAACAAAAUAUGUUGUUAACCAAAGAGUAAGACAUCAAGCACUCAAAGAUGAAAAGCACUAUUUCACCAAAGCAACCUUAGAAAAGAGUGUGUCAUUCAGUAAAAUUGAAAGGUGUAGAAAAUUUAAAAACAGAACCACUAAAUCUACGGUGAAGACGGGUUAGGUUUAGCGUGAACUAUAAAGAAGAAAUGAGGGAGUCGACACUAUUAGAGAUUUAUGGUUAAUAUAUAUUUUUGGAUAUUUCGGCUAUCCAUUCAUGUUUUGGGUUUUACCCAAUUGGAUUCGAGUAUUCAAUUUCUUCUAAUUUAAUAUUGUUCAGAUAUUUUAUAGAUCGGACCGGGUUUGACUUCGGAUUUUUCGGAUCGAGUUCAGGUUUAGCUUCGGGUAUUGGAUACUAUUGCUGAAUAUAUGAAUUCAACGAACCAUAACAUCUUUUAAAUAUAUUAAAACUCAUAUCACUUUUGAUACAAUUCGGAUUAUUUAUAUAACAAAAAAAUAGUUUUUUUUUGCAAUGAACGCCUAUUCUAUUAUUCAAACUUGAGGUGGUCUGGCUAACUAGACUGGAAUAGAAUAACCAACAAAACAAAAUUCUCUAUAGAAAGCUCUCAAAGUCCUAGCUAAAGAAUCCGAAAUCUGAUUUUGCGCUUGUAGAAUAUGAAUGAUCUUGAUAUCUGGGAAGCAUAUCUACAUAGUAUCUAUCCUCUUCAAUUGUGAAGCAAAACAAAAGAAUAGUUAUCAUAUAACUAUAAUAAAUAAGAAAAAAAUACAAAAGUUGAACUUGACCCAGGUUUAACAAAAUCCUGGGUCCGCCACAGUGUAAUUGUCUCUCCCAAUCCUAUUCUAAAAAGAUUCAUAAUCAUCUUUACAAGAAAGUAAAUUUAAUAUAAAUUUCGUUUACGCUUGAUAAAAAUAUAAAACGGUUUAGCAAAAUUGUCGUAAUUAAAAUCGCGUAACAAUAAGAUGCGGUGCAACUAAAUAUUGCAAGAAACACGUAUAACAAAUUAGAGCUGACAUUGUUUUGUCUUAUUUCUUUUAACUUUAGUAGAUUAUUACAUGUCUGCAAUAUAAUAAAAGACGAUAUAUACGAUUAUGUUUUAAAAGAAAAAAAAUAUGUACAAUUGUAUUUUAAAUAAAUUGUUUAUAUUUUAAGAUUCAUAUUUAUCUCAAAAAGUUUUUCUUCCUUUUGCUUUUUAGUUUUGGAUCAAAGAAGUAAAUCCUAUAUAAGGAACCUCACAUCCCCUGUUGUAUUGAAGUCUUCUAUCUUACAAACCCUAACACCUCAGAAAAACUUUCGUGAAUUCUUCUCUCAAAGUAUAUCUUUUUUUCGUGGAUCUUUGACUCAUCCGUUAAUUUUUCUUUGUUUUCUGCUUUGGUGACUUUCUUGUUGAGUAAUAUUCGUUAGAAUCUUUGUAAUUUUCUGCACUUACUUUUGAUUCGUGUGUGCUAACGAGAAUUGUACUUUUUAUUGUUUCCAGAUGUCGAUGCAAAUCUUUAUUAAGAUUUUUACAGGCAAGACCUUAACUCUUGAGGUCGAAAGCUCAGACACCACUUGCAAAGUCAAAGAAAAGAUACAAGAUAAGGAAGGAAUCCCUACAUACCAGCAGAUGCUUGUCUUUGGAGAAAAAACGCUUGAGAAUUGCUGUACCUUGGCUAUUUACAAUAUCCAAAAUAAUUCAACUCUCCACAUGAUUCUCAGGUUUACAGGUAUGAGAAUCUUUGUAAAUAUUCUUGAAGGCAAUGCCAUAAUGCUUGAGGUCAAAAGCUCAGACACCAUUGACAACCUCAAGGCAAAGAUACAAGAUAAGGAAGGUAUCCCUAACUACCAGCAGAGGCUUAUUUUUGCCGGGAAAAGCCUUGAGGAUGACCGUACGUUGGCUAGUUACAAUAUCCAGAGAGAGUCAACUCUCCACUUGAUUCUCAAAUUUAGAGGUAUGCGAAUCUUCGUAUUAAUCUUGAACAAGACCAUAACCCUUGAGGUCGAAAGCUCAGACACCAUUGGCAACGUCAAGGCAAAGAUACAAGAUAAGGAAGGAAUACCUAUCCAAUAUCAGAAAUUGUACUUUUGCGGACGUGUUACGAAGGAUGAUUGUACCGUGGCUGAUUACAAUAUCCAAAAAGAGAAUGCUCUUGUAAUGAUUUUCAAUCUAGGAGGAAUUAUGAAAAUCUUUGUUAAGACUCUAACAGGCAAAACCAUAGCCCUUGAGGUCAGAGGCAUAGACACAAUUGACAUGGUCAAGGCGAAGAUCCAAGAGAGAGAGGGAAUCCCUCCGCACCAGCAGAUCUUGUUCUUUGCAGGUAAACAGCUCAAGGAUGGCCUUUUGGUGGAGAACAAAAUCUGGAAGGAGUCAGUCCUUCACGUCCAUCGUUUAAGUGGUGGAAUGCAAAUAUUUGUGAAAACACUCUCUGGUAAAGUCACCGCCUUAGAAGUUGGGCGCUCAGACACCAUUUACAAUUUAAAGACAAUGAUUCAAGACAAGGAAGGGAUCGCACCAGACCACCAGAGACUGAUAUUUGCUGGUAGACAACUGGAGGAUGAUUACAGGCUUUCUGAUUAUAACAUCCAAAAGGAGUCAACACUUCACCUUGUGUUUUCCACAAAAUAGACUUUUAUUAUCUAUUCGUUUUUUUUUUUGUUCUUAUAUUUUUUGUUUUUAUAUUGGAUUUUUCACAUAAAAGAGACUCUUUUUUUUUCCACUGA